AUGUCAGUCCUGCAGGUAAAGGUGAUUCCUGCCACAGAUGGACAGAAGGUAACACUGAUGUGUGGCACCAGCUGUCCUCUGACUGAAAGCCCUUCAGCCUACAUCUGGUACAAGAACGGAGAGUUCCUCUAUGAGGACUGGUCUCCCUGGUACCAAGAGCUGGUCAGCAGUGACAAAGCAGUCAGAUACUCUUGUGCUGUCAAAGGCAACGAGGAUUUUAGAGCACCUGAAGUCUCUGUGGGUCUUGCUGAAACCAACUGCUGGAGAGUGAACUAUGUCAGCAGGACAAUCUGUGCUCUUGAAGGCUCUUCACUGAACAUUACAAGUGAAUAUUUGCAUCCUUCAGAUCAGCAGCCCAAGUAUAAACAUUGGUAUAAAUUAAAGAAUGGUAGAGUGGAGGAUGCUGAGAUGAUGACUGAGGCUGUGGAUCGAGUCAAGUUCUAUGACAACAUGAAGAACCAACACAUCCUUGAAAUGAAGAACCUGAAGAAGAAUGACUCAGCAGAAUACAGAUUCAGACUGCAACAAAGGUCAAAGAACUGGAUAAAGCCCAAUCUACCUGGAAUUAGGAUGACAGUUACAGAUCUAAGGGUGACAUUCAGUCCAUCUGCAGAGGUGACAGAAGGUCAAAAAGUCACACUGACCUGCAGCACCAGCUGUCCUCUGACUGAUGAUGCAAACUACAUUUGGUACUGGAACACACAACUUUUGACCCCGCAAGAGAACCAAAACAAACAUCUGAUUGUAGAAGUAGCCAGAAUACAACACGCAGGAAACUACUCCUGUGCUGUCAACACCCUGAACAACACCAGAUCCAACGAGAAGACUCUCACUGUCCACAGGAAAAUGGGAACAUGGAUCCUAGCUGCAGUUGCAGGAGCCACGGCUGCGUUUCUGGUUAUAACAGUUCUUGCUGUUGUCUGUUGUAUAAGGUGA